CUUGUUCCAUUAAACAAUGGAAGAUAUUUAUUUUCUCUUCUUUUUUCUCUGCUCUUUCUUGCUUGGAUCUGAUCUGAAAUAGCUUAAACAUAUUAACAAGGCAAAAUCCAAAGCUGUUUCGCUUUUCUCUGAAGACAAAUAGCUCCUUAUUUUCUGGUUUUUCAUCCCAUGAAAGAUUUCACCUUGCCCUCCAUUGCUUUUGCUGCUCUAUGAUCAGGUAGCUUGGUUUUGACCACUUUAAAGCUUUGGGUUCUUUUCUUUUUGCUUUGUUGGUUAUGUUUUUGUAUUCAUGCAUUGAAAAAUUGAUUUAUUGGUUUCCACAACUUGAAGAUUUUAUAAUCAAUGGCUUUAUCAUAAGAGUUACGAGCGAGUUUGGUUUGUCAUUGGUUGGUGUUUGUUGAAUUGUCUCGAUGGAAUCACUUGUGAAUUCUUCAUCAAAGAAUCAAAACUCAGGUCCUUCACCAUCCCAUUUACCUAAUCUCAGGAAUGGUGUUAGGAUCAUUCGACAUCCAAAUGGUUCCAUAGGGUAUCAAAAACAUCCACACAUGCACAAGAAUCAUGAAGAAUUGCCUACAAUGGAAAAACAAUAUUACGAUUCAAGCAAAUGGAAAUCUGAAUCAAUGGCCAAAAUCGAGGUUCUUAUUGCUAACCGGAUGAAGAACUUGGCACUGGAAAACAAAUCUUCUUCAUCCAAGCAUCCCAUGGAUGAUACUGUAUCUCAAUCAGAAUCAAGCUUUUGUCAAAGUCCUUCAACUAACACGUCCAAUGGCAAACCGAGUUUCACCAACACUGUGGUUAGUGAAAAUGGAGGUUGCAGUGGUGAAGUGAGUAGGAAAACACGCAUUCCAAGAGGGAGCACUGGGAGUGAUUUCAGUGAUGAGAGCAGUUCUAGUUGUUUAAGCAAUGCCAUUUACAAGCCUCAUAAAGCAAAUGAUGUAAGAUGGGAAGCAAUUCAAGCUGUGAGAUCAAUGAAAGGGGAUUUGGACUUUAAGCACUUUAGGGUGUUGAGGAGAUUGGGAUGUGAGGAUAUCGGCAAUGUUUAUCUCUCUGAAUUGACUGGCACCAGGACUUAUUUCGCCACGAAAGUUAUGGAUAACGCUCUUUUGGCGAGUAGGAAGAAACUUCUCAGAGCACAGACUGAGAGAGAGAUUCUUCAAUCACUGGAUAAUCCAUUUUUGCCAACUUUGUAUACUCAGUUUGAGACUGAGAAGCUUUCUUGCUUGGUUAUGGAGUUUUGCCCUGGUGGAGACUUGCAUGCUCUCAGGCAAAGAUAACCUGGAAAGUACUUCUCAGAACAAGCUGCCAGAUUUCAUGUGGCAGAAGUUCUCCUUGCUCUGGAUUAUCUUCACAUGCUUGGGAUCAUUUACAGAGACCUUAAGCCUGAGAAUGUUUUGAUAAGAGAAGAUGGUCACAUAAUGCUCUCGGAUUUUGACCUCUCACUUCGAUGUUCCGUCUCUCCAACUCUCGUCAAAUCUUCAAACUCAAACCUGGAAUAAAUAAAAAAAUCGGCAUACUAUACUCAACCUGCAUGCAUUGAACCAACUUGUGUAAUGCAGCCUUAUGUAUCCAACCUGCAUGUUUUGGACCCCGGUUUUUUUUAAGCAAAGGCAAAGAAAGACAAGAAGAGCAAAGUAAAGAGCGAAAUGAAUCAUCAUGUGACCCGAGCUCAUUACAGAACCUACCAAUGCUCGGUUGAUGUUGUUCACGGUGUCACAACCGUCUUUCGGGUGGGUCCGGAAUUAGACUUCGACUUAAAAAAAAUGAGUUAGAGUCG